AUGGAGCUUCCGCAAAAACCACUUCCGUUCCUACCAGAGGAGGGCAAUAUCAGUCCUUCGGACCACCCGAAGGUAGCUGAGACCAGCUUCGACGGGAUGUGUUCUGUAGAUCCAAUCGCUCUUGGGUUUAAUCAAAAAACUACACGUCGGCUCCGCCGAAAGAUUGACUAUUGCCUGAUUCCGUUCCUGGCCCUCCUAUAUCUGCUGAGUUUCCUUGAUCGCUCUAACAUUGGUAAUGCCCGCUUGGCUGGUCUUGAAAAGGACCUCAAGAUGGAGGGUCUCCAAUACAAUAAUGCUCUGGCCAUAUUCUUCCCGUUCUACGUUCUCGCAGAAAUUCCAUCUAACUUGAUGAUGAAACGUCUCCGACCGAGCAUUUGGAUUCCGACCAUUAUGGUAGCCUGGGGAACCAUGUGCUGCCUUAUGGGCGUGGUCAGGAGUUACCGUGGACUGCUAGCUAUUCGUGCCGCUCUCGGUGUCGCUGAGGGUGGACUAUUCCCAGGCAUCACCUUCUAUAUCACCAUGUGGUACCAGCGCCACGAAUGUGGUCUCCGUAUGGCCAUCUUCUUCUCUGCUGCCACUGCUGCAGGCGCCUUCGGAGGGUUGCUCGCCCGUGCUAUUGUCGAACUGAAUGGCCACCAUGAUCUUAGUGGUUGGUCUUGGAUCUUCAUCAUCGAAGGAGCUAUUACUGUGCUAAUUGCAAUCGUCGCAUACUUUGUCAUGCACGACUACCCUGAUACGGCUAAGUUUCUCACUCCAGUUGAGCGUCACGAAGUGAAGCGCCGUUUGGAAGUCGAUAAUCGAUACCUCGAUGACAAGUACCAGUUUAAGUACUUCACUGACGCCGUAUGCGACUGGAAAAUAUGGGUCCACAUGUUCAUCACCAUCGGAAUAUUCUCCCCGCUCUACUCAUUCUCACUGUUCAUGCCAACCAUCAUCAAAGGUCUUGGUUACAAAGACAACGCUGCGCAGCUGAUGACCGUACCUCCAUAUGUUGUGGCCUGCUUAUUCUGCAUCGCUGGAGGUUGGGCUGCGGAUAAGCAUUGUCAGAGGGGUAUCUACAUGAUCGGAUUCAACCUAUUGGCCAUCAUUGGUUUCAUCCUUCAAAUCGCCUCGUCAUCGCACAAUGUCAAAUACCUCGGUACUUUCUUCGCCGCCGCCGGCAUUUACCCCAACGUUCCACAAUGCGUUGCUUGGAAUGGUAAUAAUAUCGGCGGAUCUACCAAACGCGCUGUCGGCAUCGCUAUGCAAGUUGGCUUUGGCAACCUUGGUGGCGUGCUCUCUGGAUUUACAUACACUGUCUAUGAUGCUCCAAAAUAUGAACGUGGACACGGCACAGUCAUCGGUCUCCUCGCUAUGUCCACAAUUCUGUCAGUUUUCAUGAGACAUUGGCUCCGCCGCGAGAAUCGAAAACGCGAUCAUGAGGAUGCCAGGGUCAACCAUGGAAGUUGCUGGCCAGUGGCGGACAUGUUUGCGCAGCGUGAAUUAGGGGAUUCUGCUGGCUUUUUCCGGUAUACUAUCUAG